AUGGAUAACAUUACUGAAAAGAUCGCAAGGGUAACCGACCUGAGCACAUACACUGACAUCACACCGGAGUAUCUCAAGAAGAUGUUUGAUGAGAUUGGUGGCAGUCCUGAGAAGCUCCGCACGGUCUUGAAUUUGUGGUUCAUCCCGGACUUUAAGCCAAUCUUUAUCGAGCCACAGAACAAUGUUUCCAGCGGGCUUCACGACCUCAGCUUCGUUGAUUGUCCAGAAGUAGACCAGGCACCAUGGCCACUACGUCUGAUAGACUUGGAAACAGGAAACAUGGUCGAUGUCUGGAACACUAGCCCUUUGGAUGCCUAUUGCAUGUUAUCGCAUCGAUGGAAGGGUGAUGAGAUCACCUUGGCUCACAUCAAACGAGCAAGAAAGAUGAAUCUUGAACGCAUAAGAAACGGCUGUCGGGAUGCUGCGGACAGCGACAUCAGCAUUGUCCUCGAACAGUCCAAGCUUGACAUCCUUGAGCAAGAAACGACAAUUUUGUCUCUACUGGGCGAUAAUCCCGGAGGUCAGACUAUCAGUGACUUGCUUAGUAUGGUGAUUAAUGCUGGCGACGCUAAAGCGCAGUUCAACUCGGCCCGACAGAAUCUAGACAGAAAGAAAUCAACUGUCGAGCGCUGUAGGAUGGAAAAGGACAUGUUCGAUCAUCUUGCCAAGCGCAUCCAGCAGAAUAUCGGCGACGGUGUGGAAGAGGUCAACGAAUCUAGCCUUGCCUGGUCUCCAGUCAUUGAAGAAGCGGAACAUGAGUACGCAGAUGCACAACACAAAUUCGACGCUGCAUUCAAGAACCACAGCAAAACAAACAACGAAACAGUGUACUUGCGUGGCGAUCGUCGACUCAGCGAUGCUACCGAAGAGAUGAUACACCUCAUUCAGCUAUGGAAGUCAGCUGUGAAACUCGACAAAUCAAUUAAUGAGGCUCGUGAAAUCUUCGGUACAAAGCUGUACCCCAAGAGAGGGGCUUCUUACAUCUGGUCCGACACUUGCUGUAUUGACAAAUUCAACUACGGGGAGUUGUCUCAGUCACUCUCACUCAUGGGCGAUUGGUACGCGAAUGCAGAGUUUUGCAUUGUGCAUCUUGAUACGGACUCACGAGUUGAUGAUGCAAUCCGUGAUUGGAAACUUUUCAAAGGCGAAGUGGACGUGGAACAACGAGGCAUUGCCAGCUUCCGGGCUAUCCAAGACAAUAGCCCUGAGUGGGCGAGCCGUGCAUGGACACUGCAAGAGCUAGUCAUGAGCAAGAUGGCCUUCUUUACCAAUUGUGAGUGGAAGUCGUUAAGUCGACCAGUGGAGAGCCUCGGAUACGUAUACCCACUGAUUCCCUUCAUCGACAUCUAUACUGCUGGUGACAUAGCCAACACGUUCUCUGAAUGCUCGACUGCUGAGGUUAGGGCAAACCUGAAAAAGGCCAUCGUGGACUCUGACGCCCUUGAAUCACUUCUCGACAAGAGUCCUGUUAUCGUUGCCGACGACUGCCAGGAUCAGAAUGCUUCGGCAAAUGUUGAAGGAGCAUUGCGUCUCGUAUUCAUUCUCCAAGCUCUCGGCUUUGUGUUUCCCACCGAGAUGACAACCGAAACAGCUAUCCCUGAGAUGAGUCGCUCCGUUUAUCUUGCAGCUUGGAAUCUUGUGAAGAAUGGACACGAUGAAUCGAACACACGUGGAAGAGAGGUUUUGCGAGAGCUAAAGGUCCACAUAGACCCUGAUAUUCAAUCAUUAGCCCUGACUGAAGAGGUGGAAGCCCAACAAAUCUUGAAUCUUCUGCUGUUUUGGCUUGUUGAAGCAACAAAAGAUCUUGUUGUCUCUGAUCGAAAGUCGAUCGCAAAGUUCAGCCAAGUGCAACAGCUUGAGUCUUGGGAGCAAGGAAUCGCCCGUAGUGGGUUCUCAGCUGCGCAAGUACUGCAACUGUCCUGUCAACGAAAAGCAACAGUAUCUGUUGAUCACGUCUAUUCUCUCAUGGGAAUACUUGGAGUCCGUUUCCAAUCAUUUCACGCCGAAGGCUAUGCCAAAGCCUUGUCACGACUUCUAGAUGAGGUUGUGGUCAGUCAUAAUGACGUCUCUGUCUUCAACUGGUCGGGUGUUGGCAUGGGAAGUCCCGUUCGGGGCCGUUCGAUGUAUCCUGCUUUCCACGAGGCGUAUGGAAACGAGAAGGACCACGCUCAACGCUACAACAUGAUGAUCUCGUCAGAUGUACAGACGAAACGCAAAGAAGUCAUGACAGCCUAUAACGGUGUUAUAAAUUUACUUCGAGAUACCAUAGACUUCAUAAAGUCCAAAGGUCGCGAAGGCCUUCCAUUGGAAUGGAUACAGGAAAUAUGCGCAUUCAUUCGCAAUUCUACCUUUGAGGUACUUCGGCCGGAGUUGAACAACGUUGGUAAGAUCCUCCAUUAUAUCCAGGUGUACUGUACCAGGUCAGCUACAGUACAGGGAACACUGGAAAUGGAAGGGUCCAUCAAGCCAAGCCCUCCACUAGCUUCCGAUCAGAAAGGUACUUUUGGGCGCAGUUUCAUGAAACCAUCGCUUCCGACAAUGAAGCUUGAGCCUAGUCUCAAAACCCCAAAACUACCUAGCUUUGGGUUCGGCGGUAUCAGUAAGCCCUCGUUCACGAGACAUCAUUCGGAACCGGUGGAGAAGGAUGUUCGCCAAGACAUCGCGUCCCCGGAGACACAGAAGCCUACCACCGCUGAAGGUCCUGAAUGGCUGUCGAUGGAUACUCAAGUGAAGGGGUACCUAAAGAGUCUUUCAUCCCCAGUUAGAGACACCGGAACGCAGUGCUGUCUACCGAACCAAAUCCAGGAGCUCGAUUUCAAGGCCAUUGAGCCAGAGGGUGUAAUAGAAAGUCAGGGUACAAGAGCCAACGGUCUUCAUGUUGACGACGAUCUGAGUUGUCCCAACCCUAUCAUUAUCAAUAGCUCUGGGAUUGAAGGUAUCUUCGACAUACAACGCAUUGUAGUCACCAUGAUUGACAGGGAAAAGCUGUCGAGACAGGUGGCGCGAGCAACUAGCCCGAAGCAGAAAGUCUCAGGAUGGUGCAUCAUCAGUACGGGAUUCGCUAGCGUAGUUGUCAACUUCGCUUGCCAUCAACACAUUCUCAAGAAACAGCUUGACAUUGAGGAAGCGGUCCAAGAUAAGGUAAUCAAGGAAGAUCGAGCCAGUAAGCUUCAUAGCAAUUUGGAGAUCAACGUGGCAGCAAAGUCGAAAGCGAAGAAUGGUUCUUCAACACAAGAUGAUCGGCCUAUUGAGACACCCAAAGAGAACGAAAAGGACGUCGCCACCAGUUGGAAGGCUACUGAGGAGGAGCAAGCCAUUGUACGCAUCAUCGAUUUCAUUCAGGAACCCAAACUCCAGCUUGUUGCCGGUGAAUGGGUCCUUGCACGCUUCUCUGGCGCGCAAGGGGCCAAAUGGUUUUUGUGCCACCUCGAACUUGGCUCAACCCAUUCAUUCUAUGGCCAUCGUAUCGCAGCGAGCGAAAUUGACUUUACCAACUCGGCCAUUGAACCUGGACUUAUGAAUGCCUGGAAGACCUACAUGAGUCGAAAGAAAAGAAAGAUGUGCAACGUCUUGGACAAGUAUCUGAGCAGUUUGGCAAGUGCCACCAAAGGUCAAGAAAGGCUGAACAAGAGUUCGAAAAUUGCGAAUGAGAACUAUGCAAGACUUUGGGAUGUGGGAAAUCAAGGUCUCGACAGGGUUAUGAGUAUGGGAUCUGUUUCCACAACUCCCUCUUCAAAGCUGCCGCUUCACGAAAACGGCACCAAGGAUACCCACGUCGAGGAGGGUCUGGAUUCCGAAGACGAGAAGGAAAAUGGAACAGGGCUGUUUGAGGAUCUUUUCGAUCAGGGCAAAGAAGCAGCCACUGCUUUGGGUGAGUACACCGUUCUCGCCGCAUAUGAGAGGAUUUGUGAGAUGCAGGCCAAACAUCUGGAUAAGCACCUGUCGACAUCAGUUUUGAAACGGACUCCCAAGAGUCUUCAGACAGCGGUUGAAAGUGUCGAUGAGAACAAGGGUUUCCUUCCAGCCAUGUUCCACUCCUCUAGACGGGUGCACAUGUUUUAA